GAACGCCAAAUAUGAUGUCGUGAAAACCUGUACCUCUGGGAGUGUGAGGUAAAAAGGGGUUAAUCCAUGCAGGAACCCUCAACCUUUCUCCAUCAUGCUAGAUAGAGUAUAAAUAGGUAUUGCCAACAUGAAGCUUAAUAGUAUCCCCAAUUUUUUAAGCAACGGGAAUAUAAGUAGCACAUAUCCCUUCGGACUCCGCAUUCCGUAGCUCCUGGAAAAUUGGCCAGCUAUCAUUCCAACCAAGUUUUCCUUUGUCGAAUUUCAACAUGCGUUCAGUAUGUCCUUUUCUUUCCUAGCGACUAAGUCAACGAUAAUGUAAUUGUUACAUACCUACGACUUCCAACCAAUCCCAUCAAACUGCUGUGUCAACCACUCGACUCAAUGACAUUUCCUAAACUUCAAUACCGACUUGGUAGGCACUUCGAUUUUACAUCAGCAGCAGGGGAAGGGAUUAGAAGAUGGGUGGGAGAACAAUCCAAUUGGCUCACCGCCGCUGAGAAGAACAUACGGCAAGAUUUGGAAACAUCUGAAAAGGAGCUCUGGCUUAUCAGAGACGUUCUGGACGAAUUGGAGACUACCUCGGAAGUGGGGAGGUCGAGCUACAAAUCUCAAGGUCAAAUGUUCCUCAUGAGGGCUUGCCAGGAAUAUUCCGCCUCGAGGUGUCAUAUGUUGGAAGAAAGACUGCGGCAUAUUCACAUAUGGUCGUGCGAUGAACAGAUGGGUAGACAUGUUCCUGAUAGGGCACCGGAUGAAUGGCUUACGGUCGACGCGGGGUGGAGACAAUGGCUGAGUGAGCAAGCUUCUUUGCAGACCGAAGGGUCCAAUAGAUCGACUAUCGAACACUCCCGGAGUGGAGGGCUCGUGAGGCUCUGGGGUCCGCUCUUCCCCAUUCUCACAACAUGUGGCAUGAGCAAGUUCUAGAAUGCUACCUGAAAUGGCGAUGAUGGUAGUCUAACGGUCGGGAGUACACGCUUAGGAUAGAUAUCUUCCGGGAUAAGUUAUAUCCGUGUUAGGGGUUGAGAAAUGUAAAUGAGGAUGUCCAUAUGUUUUGUACAUAUCUAGGUACAUACAGGCCUAGGCUUUUACGUCGUAUCCGCGAAAGAAAACGCGUAGAAUUUGGGGAAUUAGCAUCAUUUUUUAGUGGUCCUGCGCUAGGUCAGAGCUGAAAAGAUGCCAAGUAGGGACCUAUA